GCUCUCCCUUCUCGCGCGUCCCCUCUAUCCUCGACCUCUUCAUUUCCUCCCAUCACAUUCCCCCAUAAUGAGCGGCCGCCUUGCCACAGAAUACACUGCUUGGAAGAAGCUCCAGCAGCUCUAUGAUUCCGAAAAAACCAAGCUCGUCCUUAGAGACCUUUUCUCGCGGGAUUCCGAGCGUUUCGCCAAAUUCAGUCGCGAGUAUGUCUCCUCUGACGGUCCCUCGGUGACCUUCCUCCUCGACUUCUCCAAGAACCUUGUCGACGAAAAUGUCCUCUCGACACUGCUCGAACUUGUCCGCGAGGCACAGCUCGAGUCCUAUCGAGAGAAGAUGUUCUCGGGCGAACACAUCAAUACCUCUGAGGACCGUGCCGUUCUCCACGUCGCGCUUCGUAACUUCAACGAUUGGCAAAUUGGCGAGCCUGGCGUGAACGACGUCUCGGGUGUGCUCGCACACAUCAAAGAGUUCACGGAGGCGGUCAGGAGCGGUGCGUGGAAAGGCCACACCGGCAAGGCAAUCAAUACGAUCGUCAACAUUGGUAUUGGCGGCUCUGACCUUGGACCUGUCAUGGUCACCGAGGCACUCAAGCCUUACAGCAAGCGCGACCUCAAGGCACACUUCGUCUCCAAUAUAGACGGUACCCACCUCGCCGAGACUCUCCUUGAGUGCGACCCCGAGACCACCCUCUUCAUCAUCGCCAGCAAGACCUUCACCACGCAAGAAACCAUCACCAACGCGACCAGUGCGCGUGAUUGGUUCCUUUCCUCCGCCAAAGACAAAGCACACGUCGCGAAGCACUUUGUCGCGCUCAGCACCAACACCAAGGCCGUCACCGAGUUCGGCAUCUCGUCUCAGAACAUGUUUCAGUUCUGGGACUGGGUCGGCGGCAGGUAUUCGCUGUGGAGCGCCAUCGGCCUUAGCAUCGCGCUCGUCAUCGGCUACGACAACUUCGAGCUCCUGCUGAAGGGCGCGCACGGCAUGGACAAGCACUUCCGCACUGCACCUCUCGAACAAAACCUACCCGUCCUGCUCGCGGCGAUCGGCAUCUGGUACAAUGACUUCUACGGUGCCCAGACGCACGCGCUCCUGCCGUACGACCAGUACCUCCACAAGUUCGCGGACUACUUCCAGCAGGGUGACAUGGAGUCGAACGGAAAGUCGGUCACCAAGGGCGGUCAGCGCGUGGACUACGAGACUGGCCCCAUCAUCUGGGGUGCAGCUGGUACCAACGGCCAGCACUCGUUCUACCAGCUCGUGCACCAGGGUACGAAGCUGAUCCCGUGCGACUUCCUCGCGCCCGCGACGACGCACAACCCGAUCGCGAAUUCAAAGCACCACCGCAUUCUGCUCUCUAAUUUCUUUGCUCAGCCCGAGGCGCUCGCGUUCGGCAAGACUGAGGAGGAGGUCCGCAAGGAGCUGGGCCCGAACGCGUCGGAGCCGCUCGUCAAGUCCAAGGUCUUCGUGGGCAACCGCCCGAGCAACAGCAUCCUGUUCCCGAUCCUCGACCCGCAGACGCUCGGUGCGCUCAUCGCGCUUUACGAGCACAAGAUCUUCACGCAAGGUGUCAUCUGGGGCGUCAACUCCUUCGACCAAAUGGGCGUCGAGCUCGGCAAGGUCCUCGCGAAGAACAUCCUCUCGCAGCUCGAAAAGCCUCAGGACGUCACGGGCCAUGACUCUUCGACCACGGGCCUCAUCCACUACUACCAGAAGCACCGCAAGGAGUGACUUGCUCCCCUGAAAGCUGCGCGGUCGAGGUUCUGAGCGCGUGUGACAACUUGGAAUAGACAGACUAGGUAAUUGUAUACUGAAGAGAGGAAACAGAAAGUAAAGUGUACAUUAUGCGGCUGAAAUAGAAACUCGGCUCUUUCGUGUAGGGACCUGUCCUUGUACGUGCGACAAUAUAAUGGUGGGCAUCCAACCAAGGUAUUUUGUUGUGCCCCUUCGUCUGU